UAUGGGAACAAGCAGUUCUACAUAUCAAUUUAACUUCUCUUAAUAUUAAUAUUUACAAGAAAUCAUAGAUCCUAGAUUUGGAGAAGUUAAAUUAUAUUAAAAAAAUGAGACUGGGGAAUUAGUUUGUGUAAUUGAAAAAAUACAAACUUAAUCAACUAAACCCUUUAAAAAACUUGAUCAUCCUAAUUUGUUAAAAGUACAUUAUUAUUCUGCUUCCACAUAUAAGGUAAAUUAUUAAUUUAUUACAAGGAAGUAUGUUCUACAUUUACAAAAUUAUAUAUAGUGUAUGAAUACAUAAAUAACGAUCUAAAUACAAUCAUAACUAAUAGAUAUAAGAAAAAUUAAUAUUUUACUGAAUCAUAACUUUGGUCUCUUUCUUAUUAAAUACUUGAUGUUUUACAUUAUUUAAAAAGAAAUGGCAUUUAUCCUAUGGAAAUAAGAAAUUUAUUUAUUUCAAAUUAAGGGAAUCUGAAAUUCAAUUCUCUUUUUGAUAAUCAUAUGACAUCAUUCUAAUAAUUACUGAAUUAAAUUACUGAAGAUUAUCAUAUAUCUCCAGAAGAAUUGGCACUUUUUAAAAAUUAAUCAAAUUUUAAUAAUCUUAAUCCAGAAUAAUGCUAAAUCUUUUAAUCUGGCUUAACUAUUUUAUGGGCAGCAUCUUUAAAUGAUCCUUCCACACUCUUUAAUAAAAUUGAAUGGAAAUUAAAUGAACAAGAUUUAUAUUUAAGAAUUUCAGAAUUGUAAUACACUGAUAACUUUAAGACUUUUUUAAUUAAAAUGCUUCAAAUAAAUCCAUCUGAAAGAGGUACUUUAGAAUCUUUAUUACUUUUAUUAAAUAAAUAUGAAAAAAAUGAAGAUCUUCUUAAAAUAUAGAAACUUGAUUCAAUUCCAACUAAUCAUUAAUUUGAUGAAUAUGAGUAUUAAUCAUAAUCUUCAUAUAAUUAAUCAAGUCAGAAGCAAAAAUAAAAUCUAUAAUAGAAUAAAAUAUAAUAAUUUUAAAAAUAAAUAUCCUUAAUAGGUUCAAUUACUUUAAAGUCUGAAAGUCAAGAAAUCAAUAGAAAUAAUUAAUUAUUUAGUAAUAAAUUAAUACAACAAUAAGAUAAUAAUUAUUAUUAACAAUAAUAAUCAAAAUCAUUUGUAUAAUAUUAAACUCCUGAUUCAUCUCCAAUUUAAACUAAUAGAAAACCUCCAUCCAUAUCAGCAUCUAAAAAUUAAUUGAAUAGCACUUCUAAACCUAAUAUAUAAAGUUAAUCAUAAUUCAAUAAAGAAAAAGUAUUAGACACUAGUUAUUUUUCUUAAUAAUCAUAAUUGAGUAAUAAUAAAAGUUAAAGAAGCUUAUUAGAAAAUAGAAUUGAAGAAGCCUUAAUGAAGAGUAAAUUGGCAUUAGCAAAGUUUGAUUAAACUAUUAAAUAAAAUAAUUAUUAUAAAAAUUGA